AUGGCUAAUAAUGAUUGGGAUCUAUAUUCCAUCGUGUCUAGCAACAAAGUUACCACCUUUAAUAAACAUGCAACAAUUUUUGAAACUUCAUCUCUACCCCAAACUUCAACCACCAUAACCACCACUAAUAACAUAGUUUCGCCUCAAAACACCACACCUUCUUACUUUAAUGACUUCAAUCUUACCCAUGAAAGUAGUGGAGUUCACAUGCCCCCUUCCUCCCCAACCCACACCACCUUUAUCCCGAUGCCCUCCUCCCCCACUAACAUCAACCCCAACACCACCACUGCCAUCGCUGAUACUAGUUUUCAAUACUCAUAUCAAAAUGUUAAUUAUUCAAUCUUCAAUGAACAACAACAGAUGCAAUCAAAUGAUUGGGAUCUUUAUUCCAUUGUGUCUAGCAACAAAGUUACUACCUUUACUAAUCCUACAACAAAUUUUGAAACUUCGUCUCUACCCCAAACUUCAACCACCAUAACCACCACCAAUAACAUAGUUUCGCCUCAAAAAACCACACCUUCUUACUUUAAUGAUUUCAAUCUUACCCAUGAAAGUAGUGGAGUUCACAUGCCCCCUUCCUCCCCAACCCACACCACCUUUAUCCCGAUGCCCUCCUCCCCCACUAACAUCAACACCACUACUGCCAUCGCUGAUACUAGUGUUCAAUACUCAUAUCAAAAUGCUAAUUAUUCAAUAUUCAAUGAACAACAACAUAUGCAAUCAAAUGAUUGGGAUCUUUAUUCCAUUGUGUCUAGCAACAAAGUUACUACUUUUACUAAUCCUACAACAAAUUUUGAAACUUCAUCUCUACCUCAAACUUCAACCACCAUAACCACCACCAAUAACAUAGUUUCCCCUCAAAACACCACACCUUCUUACUUUAAUGAUUUCAAUCUUACCCAUGAAAAUAGUGUAGUCCCCAUGCCCUCCUCCCCCACCCACACCACCUUUAUCCUGAUUCCCUCCUCCCCCACUAACAUCAACACCACCACUGCCAUCACUGAUACUAGUGUUCAAUACUCAUAUCAAAAUGCUAUUUAUCCAAUAUUUAGCGAACAACAACAGAUGCAAUCAAAUAAUUGGGAUCUUUAUUCCAUUGUGUCUAGCAACAAAGGUACCACCUUUACUAAUCCUGCGACAAUUUUUGAUGCUUCAUCUCUACCUAAAACUUCAACCACCAUAACCACCACUAAUAACAUAGUUUCACCUCAAAACACCACACCAUCUUACUUCAAUCAUUUCAAUUUCACCAAUAAAAAUAGUGCAGUCCCCAUGCCCUUCGCCCCUACUCACACCACCUUUAUCCCCAUGCACUCCUCCCCCACUAACAACACCACCACCACCACCAUUAUCCCCACACAUACCACUACAACCACCGCCAUCACAAAUACUAGUGUUCAGUGUUCAAAUCACAAUUCUACCUUUUUUGAUUAUCCAAUAUUCAGUGAACAACAACAGAUGCAAUCAAAUGCUUGCACUGAAUUAGAAAAAAUGUUAAUCAAAUAUGAUUCGACCAUCACCACCACCACUACCACCACCUUCACUCUCCCCAUUUCCAAUACCACUGCUUUCACAAUCCCCAAAACCGCAACCACUAUCCCUACCGGAACCACCUCCAGCACAACCAUUAUCCCAACCAUCACACCCAUUACUAACACAAUCACUAGUUUUUAUGGUACCAAUCAAAAUGCUACCUUUUCUAAUCUUCCAACAUUGAUCAAUCAACACCAAAUUCAACCAAACAACGAAAAUCAAGUGUUUGUUCCCAAACCUUACAUCGAAACCACAACUGCUGAUUUUGAUCGUGCAUACAACCAACCAAUAUUUUCACCGCAACCAAUUGCACAUCCACAACAACCAAAAUCCACAUCAAGAAAAAGAAAUUAUAAAAAUAGGGAGACAUUGGAGCGCCAUAUGAGUGAAGAACAACUAUCAGAAGAUCUGUGGGCAUGGAAAAAAUAUGGAGAAAAAACUAUUAAAGGGUCUCCACAUUCAAGGAACUACUACAAAUGUUCGAGUUUUGUAGAUUGUCCAGCAAGAAAAAUAGUAGAAAAAAGUAAAACCAACGAGAACAUUUAUGUUGUCACUUUUGAGGGAGUGCACAACCAUGCACCACCAGAGCGAAAAUCCCAAAAAAGUCAUAAAAGACAAGAUUGA